CGAAAAACUUCUGGUUCCUCUUCUCUUUGUCAUCUCCACCCCUCACUCAUUCAUCCAUUCCAGAGAGACAAAGGAAGAAGAAAUAUAGAUAUAUAGAGAGAGAGAAUGUGUGUAUGUAUCUUCUGCUAUUUUAUCCUAUGACUUACUGUACAGAACAUACGUCUCCCUCUCUAUGUGUGUAUUUAUAGGAUUAAUAUACUUGUACACUUACCGUAUACAUAUAUGUAGACCUUUUCAUGUGAGAGGUGUAAAAGAUUAUGUGCACGAAAAGUGUUGAUCUAACGUCACUCUUAUUUAUAUAUGUAUAUAUAUACGUGCCAGAAGAAUUGAGACUUCUUGAAUUCCUUUGUACCAGACAUCUUUCUAUUCUGUGAUACUUGCACAUUUCUCCAAACAAAUCCCAUUUCAUGAAAUCUUAGGAUUUCUGUGUUUUCUGUUUUGCAUUCAUUUGGCUCUUGAAACGCCUACUGCAGGUAGACAAAAGGGUGAAUUCUGGGAUUUUCCACUUUCGAUGAUUCCAAGAUUGUUUUUAAUGAUUUUCUGUGUCUGAAAUACUAAUAUCUUUUCAUUUCCUUUAUGGGUUUUGAAGGGUUCUUUACUUUGUGCUUGUUUUGACUUCUUUUCCAGCUUUUUAUCAAUUAAAAAGUUUGCUUAAUUCCAAAGUACUUUUCAGGGUUCAGGGUACUGUAGUACUUCUUCAACUCCAAUCCCAGAACCCUCAGUCCGAUUGGUACUCCUCAUUUUUUUUUUUUUUUUGAAAUAUCUUCCACGAUUAAAGCUUUAUCUGAAAACAUCUGAUUAAGUUCUUGAGCUCAAAGUGAAUCUUGAGACGAGAUGACUUGGAAUCACUAUGUCGUGGCUGCUGCAUUGUUUUUGGUAAAUACUUGGUAUUCUUGUGAUAGGUAAAAUCAUUUUUUCAUAUUGUUGAAAGGAUUUUCUGGAUUCAAUUUACAAAUGUCAUCGUUUUUAAGUGGAGGUGGAAGAGCUUAUAGAUUAGACCUUGCGAUUAUUAAAUCUCCAUCAACAUCUUGGACUUCAAAUUCAUCUUCUCCAUCUUCAACUCUCUCUGAAUCCAGCAAUUCCCCUCUUGCAAUCUCCACAAGAAAACCUCGAACCCCGCGAAAAAGGCCUAACCAAACAUAUAAUGAGGCUGCAGCAAUUCUUUCCACAGCAUACCCUAAAUUAUUCUCGAACAAAUUCACAAAGCCUUUCAAAUUUAACAAACCACAUAGUAAGAGCAAUGAUAUUGCAUUUCCAUACGAGCCCCCGGACUUGGUUUUAAUCGAUAAUUCUGGCUACUCGAUGCAUCUACCAAUACAAGAAAAGCCCACCUUGCCAAUUCAGUCCAAAGGUGCUAAUUCCUUCGAAAAGCCAUGCCAAAGUCCGGGAGAAAUCAAUUCUAGAGUGGAUUCGGUGGAAUUCUGCGAAGAGUUUCACGAAGAUUUCGAUGCAGAAUCCAUACUAGAUGAGGAAAUUGACGGUGGUAUUGAUAGUAUAAUGGGAAGUCCAAGGACUGAAAAUGAGUUGGUAGAUGAUUCCAAUGCUUAUAUUAGUCAAGCCAAUAAUUUUGUUUACGGUUAUCCGAUAGGCCUAGGAUUUGAAGAUGCAUUUGACUUUGGAUUUGGUGUGAAAAGUGGAGUGAGGGCAAUGAGAAAUGUUGACGAGGGAGAUUGGUGGAGGUUCCCUAGUGUAAAUGUUCUUGAUAUCAAUCCAAAAAUGGGUAAAAGUCCCACGGAAAAGAAGAAAAAGAAGGUUGAAAAGCCAUCGGAAAUCGAGUGCUCCGAAUUAGUUAAGAAGAAUACGAUUUCCAAUGGAACCAGCGAGCAGAAUUCAGCUAAUAAAGCAUCUAAAGACGAGGCAAUUCCCAAACCAAAUGCUGGGUUGCUCCUAAAAUUGAACUACGACAAAGUUUUGAAUGCGUGGUCCGAUAAGGAGUCCCCAUUUUCCGGUGAAACUCCGGGAGCCGACUCCCCCGGCAAUGAUGUUCAAGCUCGAUUAGCUCAGAUAGACUUGUUCUCUGAGAAUGGUAAUGUAAGAGAGGUUAGUGUGUUGCGCUACAAGGAAAAACGACGUUCACGUCUUUUCUCUAAAAAGAUCAGAUAUCAAGUCAGAAAAGUCAAUGCUGAUAGACGGCCUAGAAUGAAGGGACGCUUUGUUAGAAGUCCAAAUUCUCCAGACAGUGAGCAAUGAAAUGGGGGAAACACAAACAAUUUAGUCCCUUUUAGCCUAUGUUUUUGUAGUUUAAAAUUUUAGCUCUAUUUUUUUUUUUUGUUUUUGUUUAAUGCUUUGAUUCUCGUAGACAAGCAGAGUAUCCAAGAAAGGACUAGGAAGCACAAGAGUUGAAACAAAUACUUUCUAUGAUUUUUGUUAAUGUCAUCUUGAUGUUUAUCUAUAUUUGAUAGUCUUUUAGAAGAAUACCAGGUUAUUCGGUGUCAAGAAAAAAAUAUUACUGAUAAUGCGCUCGCUCGCUUUCUCUCUCU